UUCUUGGAUCCUUCUUUCAUCAUCAGAGGUCCCCAACCUCAACAACCCCAAACCACACCACACCCUAAACCCACCCGACCCAACGACAUCCACUCUAUUUUGUUUGUAUAUAUACUAUAUCUUAUCUCUAUACAUCCCCUUAUAUUACAUGCAGUAUGUCAUUAGUCAUUUCAUUAUAAGCUAUAGUCCAAGACAGUGUCUUAUAAACCAAUUAUCAAAAAUGGUUUUUGUUGAACCACAAGUUCUAUGCGAGAAGCAUCCAGAUCAAAAGCAACAGCCAGGAGUAUGUUCUUGUUGUCUUAGAGAAAGACUCAUAAUUCUUUCUUCUAAUUCAACAACACCAACAAUAUCAACAAUAUCUUCAUCAUGUACUUAUUCGUCUUUGUCUUCCUCUACAUAUUCUUCCACUUGUGAUUCUCCCUGCGGUGGCCGUGCUCGUGGCCACCGCAGGAUCACGUCCGAUGUUGUGGGCCCCUUCUCUUUCAUCGGCAUCAUGGGGGCUGACGCCGGAGGAGGAUUGAAGAAGAGUAGAUCAAUAGCUUUUGUUGCAAGAGAAAAGAAAAAUAAACAAGGGUUUUGGUCUAGGUUGAUGAGGUCAACGGGUAAAAGAUCCAAAAGGGUUAUUAAUCUCGUGCGUUGAUCAUCUAUAAUAGAAAGAUUUAACUCAUAUGUGUUGACAAUGUAAAAUAUUUUUACGUUACUCGUAAAAUUAUACCGGAUGUGAUAAGUUAUAUAUCAUCAGUCUCUUUUACAUGUUAUCUAUUUAUACUUGCUAUGAAUGUACAUAUAUAGAGUUUUUGAUUUUUACAA